CUGUGAAUUGUAUUUUUGAAGAUAGUUCCAUGAAUCUGUCAAAAUUUUUGAUAUUAGAAUUACCUCAAGGAUCUCGACGGGGUUUGGACCCCAUUUAAAACUUGUUUGAUUUAAUUUUAUUCAAGAUAUUUCAAAUAAACCAUUUUGUCAUGGCACUUAGAGCUUUUUCCGAACUUACAAAGGGUAUUGGGCAAUGUAAAAAUCAAUUAUGGCAAUCUCAAAUGAUAAUGCAAAAGUAUUCAGAUUGGGCUUUCGUUAAUGAGCCAUCCAAGAAAAAAGUAACAGAUAUGCCCCCAAUGGAUCAACCUGUUCCUAAUUUACCAAAAGCUAUAUAUUCAAACCUUAAAGAAGGACAACAGAAAACACAGGUUACUGUGCUUUCAAAUGGACUCACUGUAGCUUCUGAAAGCAGAUUCGGCGAAUUUUGUACUGUAGGAGUUAUUAUAGAUUCAGGAUCCAGAUAUGAAGUUCAUUAUCCAAGUGGAAUAUCACAUUUUCUAGAAAAAUUAGCUUUUAAUUCUACAAUAAAUUGUCCCGAUAAAGAUGAAAUGUUGAAUAUAUUAGAAAAACAUGGUGGGAUCUGUGACAGUCAAGCUUCCAGAGAUACAUUCAUAUAUGCUGCUUCAGCUUAUACAUCUGGUUUAGAUGAGGUUAUCAAAUUAUUGUCUGAAGCUACACUUCGACCCUUGAUUACAGAAGAAGAAGUGGAUGGUGCCAGACAGUCUAUACAUUUUGAAUUGGAAACCUUGAAUAUGAGACCAGAACAAGAGACUUUACUUAUGGACAUGAUACAUGUGGCGGCAUACAGAAAUAAUACAUUAGGAUUACCUAAAUUAUGCCCACAAAAAAAUCUUGGAAAGAUAAAUAGGGAACUUCUAUUCACUUAUCUUAGCCAGCAUUAUUUACCCAAAAGAAUGGUUGUAGCUGGUGUUGGUGUAGAACACCAAACUCUUUGCAAUGCUGUACAGAAGUAUUUUGUGGAGCAAAGACCUAUAUGGGAAACGGAACAUGGUUUAUUCAAAACUUCGAACAUAAUAGGUGCUGAUGAUAGCAUAGCCCAAUAUACUGGAGGAUAUGUAACAGAAGAAUGUGAUAUACCACAAUUUGCGUCUGCUGGUUUGCCUGUUCUUUCUCAUGUUAUGAUUGGUCUGGAAGGAUGUUCUCAUCAAGAUAAAGAUUUCAUUGCUAUGUGUGUUCUUAAUAUGAUGAUGGGAGGUGGGGGAUCAUUCAGCGCUGGUGGUCCUGGCAAAGGAAUGUACACUCGUCUCUACACAAAUGUGCUUAAUAGAUAUCAUUGGAUGUACAGUGCAACAGCCUAUAAUCAUGCUUACGCUGAUACUGGUUUAUUCUGUAUUCAUGCAAGUGCUCCUCCUACACAUUUACGGGAAUUAGUUGAAGUUUUGGUUAAAGAAUUAGUCAGCAUGACAGGUCAAAUAGGAGAUCAGGAACUCAGGAGGGCAAAAACUCAACUUCAGUCAAUGCUACUGAUGAAUUUGGAGUCAAGACCAGUGAUUUUCGAAGAUGUUGGAAGACAAGUUUUAGCAAGUGGACAUAGGAAGAGACCUGAAUAUUUCAUUCAACAAAUAGAAAAAGUUACUAAGGAUGAUAUCAUUGCUGUUGCCAAACGACUUCUUGCUUCUGAUCCUUCUGUAGCUGCAAGGGGGGAUUUGAAAAGAAUGCCAUCUUUAGAAUAUAUUCAAGCAGGUCUUUUAGACAGUGAGGGAAGAAUGCCAAAUAAGAAGUUAUCACUAUUCCGAUAAGUUAGUGAUGAUGUUUGAAUAUAAUAUUAAUUGUGUAACUUACGAAAAAAUUGUAUUAUUUAUAUAUUUUGGCAUGAUUGUUUAUAUUUUGUUUGUUUUAAAUAAAACCUUCUGUUCACAUUGA